AUGGCCCACCAGCAAGCCCAGUCGCUCGCCAUCGGCAAGCAGCAAGCCCCUUUGAAAACAGACCAGGCUUGGGGGCGGAUGACUUGGACGGUGGGAGGGAGGGGAGGGAGGGGAGGGGAGGGGGCCUUCUGCUGCAUGGGCGUCGGCCCGGCCAGCUUGCUCAUCAAGUGGUGA